GCCGAGGGCGAUUGACGUUUGUGGCAACGGAAAAGUUUGUUUACGUGUCGGCCGGUCGAUAUUUUGCAUGAAAUAGCGUAUUUUUUCCUCCAACACGAAAAGGGCAACGGAAUCAAGGUGGCGAACAGCAGCAGCCAGGGAAAAACGAACGAACGCACACCCGCCACACAAUGGCAUCGAAGUUGGAAAUAAACAUCCGCAGCUUGAUAGCACAGUGCGAGGAGAUAGUGGCGGUCGACAAACAGGACUGGCGGUUGAAAAAGUACAUCCGAUCGCUGGACAUCAUGAUCCAGGAGCUGGAGGAACAGUUUGAUAAACCGGAAGACAAGGUUUUGGAGGACUAUCAGAACCGCUGCACCGAACUGAAGCAAGCGUCCAGCUACGUAGAACCAACGCCGGAGGAGAAGCGACGCCUGCGAACGAAACCGAAGGCCACCGAUCCGGCCGGAGACGAUGUGAUGCGCGAGGUGCGCCAGUUUCACGACCAAAAGUACGAAAAGGAGCUCCGCAGCGAGCUGUUCAAUGGGAACUUUUCGACGAUACGGCGGCGAGCGGGCCAGAAGGUGGCAGAAAAUCUGGAACAAACCGUGAAACAAUACUCAACCGAGCAGGAGCGGCUUGCGGAGGAUAUGCUUAAGUUAACGAGAAACUUAAAGGAACAGACGGAAACGGCUGGAAAGAUCCUGAAGAAGGACACCGAGAUCGUUUCCAAGUCUGCCAAGCUAACUGACCAAAACACAUCGUCGCUAACAACCGAAUCCACCAAGCUGCAGGAAAACUCAAAGAAAGCCUGCAAAUGCUGGAUGUGGCUGAUGAUAGUAUUCGUUAUAAUAACGUUCAUAUUUAUGGUAAUGUUUAUGAAAAUAAUGAAAAAGAGAGUUUACUAAAGCACACUCCAGGAGGAGUAGAACGAUUGGUUACGGGGACACAAGACGAGCAAGAAAAGACACAACGCAUCCAAGUAGGCCGUGCGCACGUGUUUGAGCAUAGCAAGAAUCAAAAACCGUUGCCGUUUUUCUUUUUCGUUUGUUUUGUUGAUCAGUAUCUGCAUUUUUUUGUUUGUUGCUUAUUGUAAAUUUUGCCUUUAUUGCGCGUGUACGAAUAUACUAUAAAACAAUUUUUCUAAAAUA